AUGGACCAAACCAAAGACCGACGACGCCUCAAGCUGGAGCCGUCGAAGCUCGGACCCAGCGCCAACAAUGAUGCGAGCCCCCCAAAGACGCCGGACACAGAAGAAAACAAGCCCAAAGAGACCCCGGUAUCCGUAUCCCAGCCUGAUCUAAGCACACAACACGAAACAGUGGAAAGCGAGGAGUUCAAGCGCCCCAAUCUUGGACUUGGACCUUCCCACGAAGCCCAGGUUGAGGAACGUAGUCUUGAGCGAGAAGCGCAGGAGAAGCAGAGGGAUCAACCAGAUGACGACAACGAAUGCAAAGAAAACCCCAUGUCGGAUGAAAACCGGGAGUUGAUUGAUGUGUGGAUGCAAACCGAAGAUGAAGCGAGAGCCGAGGAAGAGGACAACGUGAUGACUCGAGACAACUACGAGGCCAACUAUAAGGAAGAAGUGGCGCUACACAACCUGUACAAGCAUCACUAUUUUGACGAACAGUGGCUGCUGUACUCGAAAGAGACAUCAAAAGACCGCAAAGACGAAGAUUGGUUCAUUCAUUCACCAACCGUGCUGGAGGCAACCGACCCGCAGUACCUCUGCGACAUGUGCCGACACGUCGACUUCACCGUCCUAUUUACGCAUCGCGAUCUGAAGCCUCAGGGGAACAAGGAUUCAUCCACUGCUUGCAUCGAGUUGUAUGGACUGUCGAGAGUUCUCAACAAGAAAUCUACGUGUUCAUUUUGCAACCUGGUGCGAGAAGCCAUUGAGCAACAAUGCACUGCUGAAGAACUCGCAAAGGCGAGGCAGACAAAGGCGGGCCAGAUAUCAAUCGACAUUCUUGAUGAUGGGCCAGAUUGCGCCCUGCGAUUGGAGGUUGGCUUCAGCCACUUGGCGACAAAAGUAAUUAUGCAGAGGAUGACAUCCGAGGAUGAGCCCUUUGCACUUCAAGGGCUUCCAGUACGCAAGGACGCCGCAGAUAUCACACGGCUGUGCAACUGGAUCCGCACUUGCGAAGGCAGCCAUCCCAAGCUUCACAGGUCCAUUCACGCAUUCUCGCCCGAAAUGGAGACGCUGCGAGUCAUCGACGUUGAUGAAGGCUGUCUCGUGACAGUGCCCACGCCGUGUCGCUAUGCUUGCCUUUCCUAUGUCUGGGGGAAGAAUGCAGCAAGUCUCGUCCAUUUGACACUGGAAACAAAGGCAACCCUCGAAAGCCCAGGAAUCUUCAGCAACGGAUCAAUCGUCAUCAGCCAGACCUAUCUGGACGCCAUCAAGGUUACCAGAGAUAUUGGACUGCGUUACCUGUGGAUUGACGCUCUCUGCAUUGUGCAAGACGACGAUGCUGAAAAGGCAAUUAUUGUCUCGCAAAUGGCUGCUGUGUAUGGCAACGCCGUCAUCAACAUCGUUGCCUCCACCAACUUCAGCCCUGAUGGCGGACUUCCGGGGGUGGGUAGCACGCCACGGGCACGAUCCCAGGUAGUUAAACAAAUCCAAGGGCUGUCUGUUGGCGCUGUGUUUCAUGACUCCCGUCAGCCAUACCACGAGAUUGAAGAAGCCAUCUGGAAUUCUCGUGCUUGGACAUUCCAGGAACGUCACCUGUCCCAACGCGCCGUGUACUUUACGGCUUCUCAGCUCUAUUUUACCUGCCCCCAUGGGACUGCAUGCGAAGACACAGUUCCCAAUUCGACACAGGACCUCAAGCCAACGGUGCCUGUAGAUCGGCCAAAGUUUGAAGAAGCCAUAUACCCCCUAAUGUUCUACAUUUGGUUCGACCCGACCCAGACAGAGUUCCCCAACAAGCGCUUCAAGCUAGCUGGUACGGGCACAGAAUCUGACACCCUGGUAUCUACUCGGGAAGAACUGCCUACUCCAACCUAUAGAGCAAUGCCCGUGGCAGCUUACCGGAGUGGCACUCUUCCCAUGGAAGGGGAGACGCUCUGGAAGACAUAUCGGGAGGCUGUCAACAUGUACACCAAGCGCAAAAUGACGUGGCAGAGCGAUGCCAUCAACGCAUUCCAGGGCGUCACUGAUCUCAUUUCUCAGGGGGUGAACACCACCUUCUGGUACGGCAUACCCGAGUUUGCCUUUGAUCAGGCUCUCUUGUGGUACCCCCAGGAGCCUCUCACCCGCCGGACCUAUUUGGGAGCCGCCCCGUCCUGGAGCUGGGCUGGAUGGGAAGGGCACACAAAGUAUCGCGGCCGGGGCUGGCACAAUGCCAUUGCUGUGGCACCCUUCAACGUCGUCCACUGGCUUACACAUCCGUCUAGUAUCGGCACUGUUGUACGGUAUCUUGUCGCCCGCGGAGAUAGCCCAGAGCGUGUGGCAAAAAUUGUUCAGGCAGCCAAAGAGCAGCCUAAAUCCUUGAAUUCCUGGGUUCACGCCUUCUUGUAUCAACUGGAGGACCUUGACGACGGUUGGAAGGACGAAAAGGACACCUCGCGCAACGAGCUCUACUUCUCCCAUCCCGCCUACCCGGGCCUCCGCUUUACAUACCCCAUCAACUUGCCGGGGAAACCGCUGCUACCACGACAUUUACCGGACGGGACACUUCCCUUCACCGCUCGCUCAGUCGAAGCGCGCUUCACCGACAUGUCCACAACCGCUCACAAGUCGAUUCCUGUCGAAGACGAGUUUCUGCAGAUUGGCCUCAACGAUGCGGGCAAAUAUGGGUCAGGCUCUCGCCGACCGUGGGAGUUUGCUGUCUACCAUCAAGGAUACCGCGCCGGGUUCUUGUCUCUCAACGUCCCCCUUUCGUCCAUCGACCGUGCGUCGGCUUCGUACAGGCUGGUGGCCAUGUCGAGAGACAUGGUGCCACAAAUCGCCCCGCCGCCGUGUGGAUGGGACCUUUACUGGAACCUGAACCCACGGCGAAUGCAGGACAGUGUCUUCUUCGAUGAGGAAUGGGGACGGCCUGAAGACAGGAGAAAGUGGACGUUGUUUACUGACUCGGAGCCGGGGAGGGGGCCAGGCAGGGAGAAUGGGGAUCCGCGCUGGGACCUCGGGCGGUAUGAAACACCGGCUAUAAAUGAUGUGUACAAUGUCUUGUUGUUGGAGAACAAGACUGGCGAGAAUGGGGAGUGGUGGGAGGAGAGGAUUGGGGUUGGGAAGAUUCAUGUCGGGGCAUUCUGGAUAGCAAGGCCCGUUAUUGAGAAGUUUGCUCUGAGGUAG